AUGAAGUCGCUCCUGGAGGGUCUCGCAGACACCACCUUCCGCACCAUCACCACAGACCUGCUCUACGUGGGCUCGAAUGACGUCCCGUACCAAGGCGUCAGAGGCGACAUGGCGUCCAAACUCGGCUACUUGCCCCAGAAGUUCCCCCUGACGGCCUUCAGGGGAAGCCCCUUCCCGGAGAAGAUGACGGCCGGCGACAGCUCCCCGCUGGGCGCGGCGGAGCAGGCCAACCUCACGGAGUUCUCCAACAAGUCCCUCUCGUCCCUCAAGGAGGGCGAGGAGAGCAUCCAGUGCGGGGAGAACUUCAUGGACAUGGAGUGCUUCAUGAUCCUGGACCCCAGCCAGCAGCUGGCCAUCGCCGUCCUGUCGCUCACGCUGGGCACCUUCACGGUCCUGGAGAACCUGCUGGUGCUGUGCGUCAUCCUGCACGCGCGCGGCCUGCGCUGCCGGCCCUCCUACCACUUCAUCGGCAGCCUGGCCGUGGCCGACCUCCUGGGCAGCGUCAUCUUCGUCUACAGCUUCGUGGACUUCCACGUGUUCCACCGCAAGGACAGCCCCCGCGUGUUCCUCUUCAAGCUGGGCGGCGUCACGGCCUCCUUCACGGCCUCCGUGGGCAGCCUCUUCCUCACGGCCAUCGACCGCUACAUCUGCAUCCACCGGCCGCUGGCCUACCGGCGCAUCGUCACGCGGCCCAGGGCCGUGCUGGCCUUCUGCCUGACGUGGGCCGUCGCCGUCGCCAUCGCCGCGCUGCCGCUGCUGGGCUGGAACUGCAAGCGGCUGCGGUCCGCCUGCUCCGACAUCUUCCCGCUCAUCGACGAGGCCUACCUGAUGUUCUGGGUGGGGGUCACCGGCGCGCUGCUGCUGGUCAUCGUGUACGCCUACGUGUACAUCCUCUGGACGGCCCACGGCCACGCCGUCCGCAUGCUGCAGCGCGGCGCCCAGAAGAGCGCGGUGCUGCACGCGUCCGAGGACGGCAAGCUGCAGGCCACGCGGCCGGACCAGGCGCGCAUGGACAUCCGGCUGGCCCGGACGCUGGUGCUGAUCCUGGCGGUGCUGAUCGUCUGCUGGGGCCCCUUGCUGGCCAUCAUGGUGUACGACGUCUUCGGCAAGGUGAGCAAGCCCAUCAAGACGGUGUUCGCCUUCUGCAGCAUGCUCUGCCUGCUGAACUCCACCGUGAACCCGGUCAUCUACGCCCUGCGCAGCCAGGACCUGCGGCACGCCUUCCGCAGCAUGUUCCCCGCGUGCGAGGCCGCCGCGCAGCCGCUGGACAGCAGCGCGGGCGACUCGGACGGCCCGCACCGGCGCGCGCGCCCCGCGGCCGGCGUGCACCGCGCCGCCGAGCGCUGCAUCAAGAGCACGGUCAAGAUCGCCAGGGUCACCAUGGCGGUGUCCACGGACGCGUCGGCCGAGGCCCUGUGA